UAUCUUUUUAUACUGACUUAACUUGACAAAGUUAGGUUAGAAAAAUAAAAAUAAAUAUUUUUCCUUAAAUUACGAAAAUAAAGCAGAAAAAUGAGAAAUAUAAAACAAUAAUGUCGAAUAUUAUAAUAAAAUAUUCAGUAUGCGUCACACAAGAGGAAAACCGAUAUGUUUUUCCUUCAACACAUUCUUAGUUUUAGUAGUUUUUGUUAUUUUAAUGUUUUUUACAACUGUUUACUUAAGUUAUAGACUGCUUAUUAAAGAACAAUGCAACUAUUCCAGUUAUGACAUAACUAGAUAUCAAAUAGCCCAAACGAGAACUAGUAGGUUAACUUCGAAGCACAGAUUAGCUGUGAUAGUACCCUUUAGGAACCGUUUCGAAGAGCUUCUACAGUUCGCACCUUACAUGCAUAAGUUUUUAACCAACCAGAGAGUAGAUCAUCACAUAUUUUUAAUCAACCAAAUGGACUUGUUUAGAUUUAACCGAGCUUCUUUAAUUAAUGUAGGGUUUUUAUAUACGAGACAAGAGUUUGACUAUAUUGCCAUGCAUGACGUAGAUCUCCUACCGUUGAAUAAUGAACUGAGAUACGAUUAUCCUAGUCAGCCUUUUCAUAUAGCAGCUCCGGAGUUGCAUCCUAGGUACCAUUAUCAAAAGUUUAUCGGUGGAAUUCUGUUGAUCAAUAGGGAACAUUACGAGUUAGUGAAUGGCCUGUCAAAUAGGUAUUGGGGCUGGGGAUUGGAAGAUGACGAGUUUUAUGUUAGAAUUAAAAAUGCACAUUUGAAUAUAACAAGACCUAAUAAUAUUUCAACAAAUGUUACAAAUACUUUCAGGCAUAUUCACGGUAAAAAUAGAAAAAGAGAUACAACAAAAUGUUACAAUCAGAGAGAAUCGACUAGGAAGAGAGACAGACAAACCGGAUUGCACGAUGUUAGGUAUAAGAUUAUAUCUAGUAAUAAUCUUGUGAUUGAUGAUGCUCCUCUCACUGUAGUCAACGUACAGCUUUUCUGUGAUCGAAACAGCACACCCUGGUGUGACUGUGAUGUGAAAUGACUUUUUUUUACAGUAUUUAGGCUUAUUUUACUUUGAUUGUUUUAAGUACAGAGGGGGUAUGGAAGUUUUAAAUUUUUUUUUAUUGAAUUUUAUACUUGAAUCUAAUUGUAUGAUGAUCUAUUCAAACUUUAGUCACAAAAGUGCCAAAUUAGAGAUAUACUUUGA